UAAUCAAACCCACAGCGUUGAGAGAAGCCAUAGAUCUCAAAGCCUUUCCGUAGCAGAGAUCUUUUUGGGCAGAAAUAUAGAAAGUGGAAAAAACAAAGUGAGAGAAAAGAAAGUUCUGGUCUUGGGUUGUAGUACUCCUCUCUUAUUAAUUUCCACUACUUUGUCUGUUUGCCUUUCUUGUUUGAUCCUACACUCGUAUCUCCGAAUUGGAACCUAUUACUUUUUGCCUUUCAGUCAGAAACCGAUCAAGGAUAAACAAAAACUUCUUUGUCAUCCUUAUCUUUACAAAAAGAUAAGGAAAGGUGGAGAUUGUGAUAGAGAUAAGGAAAGAUUUGAAAUACAGAGAAAGAAAAUUUGAGGAAAUGGGUACUGGUUGGAGAAGAGCAUUUUGUACAACGAUCCAUCGUGACCAAGAUAGUGUAAUCAAAGAGAAACAACAAACAAGCCCAAGUUCUAGUCCCAGCCCGAGAAGUUGUACCAGACUGGGGUUUUUCUCCGGUGGAAGCAAUCCCAUCACUCCUCGUCUCCAUUCUCAACCAGUCUCAAGCCCAAGCUUGCGUUGCAGGACCCCUGCGGCAUCAUUAUCUACAAAUGAGAGUCCUAGACUCCAGUCCAAAAUCACCGCCAAUGAAACCAAGAGUUUGGGUUCAAACCCAAGUUCUCCUCGAUCUCCCCUCAAAUUGUCAUUCUUCAAGAACAGCUUCAAAUUCAGGAGUAGCUGUGGAAUCUGCUUGAAUAGGCUGAAAACGGGACAAGGCAUGGCGAUAUACACAGCAGAGUGUGCACACGCGUUUCACUUCCCCUGCAUAGCAGACUACGUUCGUAAGAACGGUAAACUAGUUUGCCCGGUCUGUAAUGCCACUUGGAAAGACGUUCCUCUGCUCGCUAUCCACAAGAACCUCCAAGGUGAUGCUCAGCAGGAGCAAAACGACGCCGUCAAUCCCCUGCCAGCCAAACCAAACACCAAUUCCAUGAAUAUUCAGCCCCAGAUUGAGGAGAAGAGAGUAAUCGAGUCUUCACCAAGAGCAGUCAAAACCUCCAAACGUGAAUCACGACAGUUGUCUCCCAAAUUAUCCGAUUCAAGAUCAUAUGAUGACGACGAGCCAUUGUUGUCUCCAACCGCCGGUGGCAAAUUCAAUCCGAUUCCCGAAGCCGAUGAGAAUGCCGAAGAUGAUGAAACAGAGGACGUCGAAGAAUUUCAAGGAUUCUUCGUGAAUACAAAUCCAAUUCCGACUCCAAAUCCUCCAGAAAUUUCUUUCAAAUCUGACGAGUUGCCAAACAGCGGCAAAGAUUCUGGUAAUGUUCAGGUGAUAGUGUUACCAGAAUCCGCCGUGGUAUCCGCCGGUCGCGGCUACGAGACUUAUGCAGUGGCUCUGAGAGUGAAGGCACCGCGACCUCUUUCACUGUCGCACAGCUCCAAUACGGCGCUGUUUUUGGAUCCAUCUCUUCGCGCGGCUAUAGACUUGGUUACAGUGCUUGAUGUGAGUGAUAGCAUGACCGGCGCGAAGUUGCAAAUGCUGAAGCGAGCCAUGCGAUUGGUUAUUGCUUCUCUCGGUUCGACGGACCGGCUUUCUAUCGUGGCUUUCUCAGCUAGUCCAAAGAGGUUAUUGCCUCUGAGAAGAAUGACGGCUCCAGUUCAGCGUGAUGCUCGGCGCAUCGUUGACCGGCUUAUCUGCGGUCAAGGGACCAGCUUCGGAGAGGCUUUGAAGAAAGCAACCAAAAUUCUCGAAGAUAGGAGGGAAAGGAAUCCAGUGGCUAGCGUCUUGUUGUUCUCAGAUGGUCAGGAUGAGCGGGUCCAGACCAACACAAGCCAUCAACGGCAAAUAUACAGCCACGUGUUUUCGACCCGGUUUGCUCAUAUUGAAAUCCCUGUCCGCGAGUCCGGGUUUGGGCGAAGUGGCGGUUAUGGCCGGGAAACGGCUGAGGGCACGUUGGCCAAGUGCGUGGGUAAUUUGCUAAACGUCGUCGUGCAGGACUUGAGGAUUCAGUUAAACUUCGCUUCUGGCUCAGCGCCAGCAGAGAUCUCGGCCGUUUAUUCAUUGAACGGACGGCCCACGGUGCUCAGCUCCGCUUCUGUGCGGCUUGGCGACCUUUACGCCGAGGAAGAGAGGGAUCUCUUGGUGGAAAUGAGGGUCCCAUGCUCAGCUGUUGGGGCCCACCACGUAAUGUCAGUUCGCUGCCUUUACAAGUCCGCCGCGACUCAAGAGGUUGUGUGCGGAAGAGAUCAGGCUCUAUUAGUUCCACGGCCCCACGCAGGUAGAUCAUCGGGGCCGAAAAUCGAACGGCUGAGGAACUUGUUCAUCUCAACGAGGGCCGUCGCGGAGGGUCGGAAGUUAGCCGAAUACGGAGAUAUAACGAGUGCGUAUCACUUAUUGGCUUCGUCUCGGGCUUUGCUGUUGCAAUCGAGUUCAAUUCCCGUUGAUGAGUAUGCGAGGAAUAUAGAGAGUGAGUUGGCGGAGCUAAACAGGCACAGACAGCAGCAGAUGGAGGACCAAAGGCAACAGAUGAUGCAGCGGCGGAGAGUGAUGGAUAAGGACAUGACGGUAGUGAUGGAAGAGAAUGGAGAGCCACUGACUCCUGGGUCGGCUUGGAGAGCGGCUGAGAGGCUGGCUAAAGUAGCCAUGAUGAAGAAGUCACUUAAUAAAGUCAGCGAUUUGCACGGCUUCGAAAACGCUAGAUUUUAAUUUGUUGUUUAUAGUUAUAAUUGUUCAGGAUAAACACAUUUCAGGCCCUUUUUCUUUCCUUCCUAGGGUAUGUUGCCUACAAAAAGUUGGGAAUUGGCCUAUUCUAUAGGAUAUGUACGCCAGAAUGAUUUGGUUUUGGAACAUUUGCUAGCAGCAAAAUGAUGAAUGAAUCAUUGUUAUGAUAUUUGCUUUGA